AUGGGCGAAGGUGACACCGGUGCAAUUCGACCAGGCGGUGUUCAGUCUGGCGAUGCUUGGACAAAGAAGGAAGCUGCCCAAGAGAACAUCUUUAUUAAGCAAAAGGAGCUGGAAAAGCUUCGUUCCCUUAAAGAGAAGUUGAAGCAGCAGCGCCAGCACCUUGAUGACCUUGACGCCCACAUUGAUGAGCUCACCCGUGGCCAAGGUGGUGAGCAACAUUAA